AUGCUGAAGGAACUCCAGCUCGCCCUGACGGUCGUCCUGCUGCUUGCCUGCGGCUUCGUCUUCCAGCUGUCCCCGCGCUCCGGCUGCCUCUUUUGUCUGUCUUCCCCCAAGACCCAGCAGGACCCUGAAGCCCUCUUGAGCCACGGGCGGGGCAUCGUGUUCCUGGAGACCUCGGACAGGAUGGAGCCUACGCCUCUGGUCUCCUGCGCUGUGGAGUCGGCUGCCAAGAUCUACCCAGAGCGUCCCGUGGCCUUCUUCCUGAAGGGGCUGCACAAUGCCACACAGCCACUCUCUGACUCCACUCACCCGGCUCUGUCCCUCCUCUCCGCAAUAGACAACGUCUUCCUCUUCCCGUUGGACAUGAGAAGCCUGCUGAAAGACACCCCGUUGUUUCCCUGGUACACCCGGGUCAAUAUCAGCAUACAGAGGAACUGGCUCCACGUCAGCUCGGAUGCGUGCCGCCUGGCUGCCAUCUGGAAGUACGGUGGCAUCUACAUGGACACUGAUGUCAUCUCCAUCAGGCCCAUCCCCGAGGAGAACUUCCUGGCCGCCCAGGCCUCUCGGUACUCCAGUAACGGGGUUUUUGGGUUUCUGCCCCAGCACCCCUUUUUAUGGGGCUGCAUGGAAAACUUUGUGGAGCAUUACAAUUCAGCCAUUUGGGGCCACCAGGGCCCUGCGCUGAUGACCAGGAUGCUGAGGGUGUGGUGUAAGCUCGGAGACUUCCAGGAGCUGAGCGACCUCAAGUGUCUGAACUUGUCCUUCCUGCAUCCCCAGCGCUUCUACCCAAUCUCCUAUCCACAGUGGAGACAGUACUACCAAGUGUGGGACACGGAGCCGAGCUUCAACCACUCUUACGCCCUGCACUUGUGGAACUACAUGAACCGGGAGCAGAAGACUGUGGUGCGCGGGAGCAACACCCUGGUGGAACAUCUCUUCCGCAAGUACUGUCCCAGGACGUACCAGGAUGUGGUUCGAGGCCCAGAGGGGUCAGUGACCAAGGCCAUGGGCACGGGCAGCUCAUAG